AGCGCGUUCACCUACGAUUAUUCUAGGGAUGGGCUUGACUAUACCUAUGCCUCUGAUGUUUCCAUGACCAAAACGCCAUAAUCCUCCCAGAAUCGUCUUGGAAUUUGCGACCCUUGUAUUCAUCUUCACAUUUCCUCACUUCGACUGCAUACCCAUUUUGAUAAAUCCACUGCGGCUUGAAGUCCUAGCUCACAGACAUCACCAAGGGCUUAUUUCGCGGCCAGCUCUACAAUGGCGGAAGAAAUUGUCAUUGAUAAAUCCACCUUCUUUAGCCGGCUCUCAAGUUUCUACGCAGCAUGGAAGUCAGACAGGCGCUCGGGGCAUGCUACCUUUGGUGGUGCAGGUUCGAUCAUCAUCUUAAUGGGGAAAACAGAUGAGGCGAACAGCUUUCAAAAAAACAAUGCCAUGCACUUUUGGCUACUUGGCUAUGAAUUCCCCGCGACGCUUUUGGUGUUGACAACCGAUCUUGUGUACGUCGUGACUACGGCAAAGAAAGCAAAACAUCUUGAACCGUUGAAGGGUGGAAAGAUUCCGGUUGAGAUCUUACUCACUUCUAAAGACCCAGAUGAGAAAACGAAGUCUUUUGAGAAGUGCCUUGAAGCUAUCAAAGCCUCUGGUAAAAAAGUUGGUGUGCUUCCGAAAGAUACCACCACUGGCCCGUUUGCAGAGGAUUGGAAGCGUGCUUUUGCAACUAUAUCGCAAGACGUCGAAGAGGUCGACAUAUCGCCAGCACUCUCAGCGGCGGCUUUCUCUGUGAAAGACACAGAUGAACUUGUUUCGAUCAGGAAUGCAUCCAGAGCGUGUAGUGGCAUAAUGUCGGAUUACUUCGUCGAUGAGAUGUCUCGUCUGUUAGAUGAAGAAAAGCAGAUGACACACAAAGCCCUAUCGAUGCGUCUUGACGCGAAAAUUGACGACAGUAAAUUUUUCAAUAAGCUGGCCAAAUUGCCAGCAGAAUUCGAUUCCCAACAGAUAGAUUGGGCUUACGGACCUGUCAUCCAAAGUGGUGGUAAAUACGACCUCAGACUGACGGCUGUGCCUGAUAACAAUAAUCUGCGCCCAGGGAUCAUCAUCGCAGCCUUUGGAAUCCGCUACAAGAUAUACAGCUCAAUCAUUGCCCGUACUUACUUGGUCGACCCGACUAAAUCGCAGGAAGCCAAUUAUGCUCUCCUAUUGAACAUCCACGAAACCAUCUUAAAGGAUGUUCGUGAUGGUAUAGUGGCAAAGGAUCUGUAUAGCAAAGCUCUUGGCUUGAUACGGACGAAAAAGCCCGAUCUUGAAUCCCACUUCGUGAAAAGCGUUGGCGCUGGUAUAGGAAUUGAACUUCGCGAUGCCAGCAUGGUACUCAAUGGGAAGAAUAACCGGGUGUUGAAAAGCGGCAUGACUCUUUCUAUCUCGGUUGGACUAACAGAUGUGAAAGACCCUGACACGAAGGACGAUUCUAGCUCCUUGUACUCGAUGGUAAUCACAGAGACUGUCCGUGUUGGAGAAAACGGGCCACAUGUGUUCACCAAGGAUGCCGGUAUCGACAUGGACUCGGUUUCAUUCUACUUUGGGGAUGAGGAGGAGAAUCAAAAACCUGUCAAGGAGAAAAAAGAAGUCAAACCCAGCUCGAUGGCCAGCAGGAAUGUCACUCGCACCAAACUUCGUGCGGAACGACCUACUCAAGUCAACGAGGGCGCAGAGGCCCGACGUCGCGAGCAUCAGAAAGAGCUCGCCUCCAAAAAAACCAAGGAAGGUCUUGAAAGAUUUGCUGGUACCACAGGAGAUGACAACGGAGUGACUCAGAAGAAAUUCAAACGAUUUGAGUCCUACAAGAGGGAUAAUCAACUGCCCGCUAGGAUCAAAGAUUUAAUCGUUUAUGUUGACCAAAAAGCAUCGACGGUGAUUGUCCCAAUAAUGGGUCGACCAGUGCCGUUCCACAUCAACACCAUAAAGAACGCAAGCAAAAGCGAUGAAGGUGAAUAUGCAUAUCUCAGGAUCAACUUUCUUUCUCCUGGUCAAGGCGUUGGUAGAAAGGAUGACCAACCGUUUGAGGAUCUGUCGGCUCAUUUCCUGCGAAAUUUAACCCUUCGAUCUAAGGAUAACGGUCGAUUGGCUCAGAUUGCACAAGAUAUCACUGAGCUGAGGAAGAAUGCCCUGAGACGCGAGCAGGAGAAGAAAGAAAUGGAAGAUGUGGUUGAGCAAGAUAAGCUUAUUGAGAUACGAAAUCGCCGGCCCGUGAAGCUGCCCGAUGUCUAUCUUCGACCUCCACUCGAUGGAAAGCGAGUUCCCGGUGAGGUUGAAAUCCACCAGAACGGUCUUCGUUACAUGUCACCAUUCCGCAAUGAGCAUGUCGAUGUGCUUUUCAGUAACGUGAAGCAUUUAUUCUUCCAACCUUGCGCGCAUGAGUUGAUCGUACUAAUCCAUGUUCACUUAAAAACACCCAUCAUGAUUGGCAAGAGGAAGACCAGGGACGUUCAAUUUUAUCGGGAAGCAACCGAGAUGCAAUUUGAUGAAACCGGCAACCGGAGGCGCAAACACCGUUAUGGGGAUGAGGAAGAGUUUGAGGCUGAACAAGAAGAACGACGACGAAGAGCGGCUCUUGAUCGCGAGUUCAAGGCUUUCGCUGAAAAGGUGGCUGAUGCUGGAAAGGAUGAAGGCGUCGAUGUCGACAUUCCUUUCAGGGAAAUUGGGUUCACAGGAGUUCCCAACCGUUCAAAUGUGUUGAUUCAGCCAACUACCGACGCUCUGGUCCAGCUGACAGAACCCCCAUUCCUCGUCAUCACAUUGAAUGAAAUUGAGAUUGCUCAUCUCGAAAGAGUUCAGUUCGGACUGAAAAACUUCGACCUUGUUUUCGUUCUGAAGGAUUUCCAUAGGCCACCUGUUCACAUCAACACCAUCCCCGUUGAAUCGCUGGAAGGAGUUAAGGACUGGUUGGAUUCAGUUGACAUUGCCUUUACAGAGGGACCGUUGAACUUGAAUUGGACGACAAUCAUGAAGACAGUCGUAAGCGAUCCGUACGGUUUCUUUGCCGACGGGGGGUGGUCUUUCUUGGCGGCGGAAUCUGAUUCCGAAGGGGGUUCAGAAGAGGAAGAAGAGUCCGCAUUCGAACUGUCUGAAUCGGAACUGGCAGCUGCGGAUGAAAGCUCUGAAGAGGAAAGCGAAUUCGACGAUGAUGCAAGUGCUGAGGCAAGUGAUGACUUCAGUGCAGACGAAGACAGCGGGGAGGAUUGGGAUGAAUUGGAGGUCAAGGCCAAGAAGAAAGAUAAGGAAAGCGGAUUGGAUGACGAGGAGCGAAGCAAAAAGCGGAAGCGGUAAUCAGUUCAGGCCCGCAGCGUGACAUGGAGUCGAAUCCAAUGCUUACUUAAAUUGGCUUUGGUCCUCAGUAUGUGCCGCUGAUGCCAAGGGUCCUGGACGUAGUGUGAAGCUUUACGUCUAGCAAUUGUUGUUGAGCGAACAAUCAAGAGGUGCUCAUGCCGUGCUCCAAUGUAAACAGGCCGAAUAUAUCUGC